AUGGGAACGGAGACCGGGAAAGCGGAGGACGACCUGUGCUCAACCAAGAUUCGGCAGAGCAAAGCAGCAUCUUCUCGCCCGCAGCCACUGCUGACCGGAGGCGACGCUGUCUUCCCGGCCGAGCGGCCGCUGAGCCGGCUCGUCGUCGUCGUCGUCGUCGCCGCGCAGCCGGCGAAGAGCGGGAGCCCCGCGAGCUGCGGCCGGCCCGGCCGUGCGACUCCCCGGCAGCCGGAAUUCGAGGCCCGGAGGACUCCGGACUCCAAGAGCUGCCGCCACCGGGAGGAACCAGCCAUCUGCCUGGACUACCUGAGGGACCCGGUCACCAUCGAGUGCGGGCACAACUUCUGCCGCGCCUGCGUGCAGCGGUCCUGGGCGGACCUGCAGGACCACUUCCCGUGCCCCGUCUGCCGUCACCCGUCCGAAGAGGGGCACUUCCGGAGCAACGCGCAGCUGGGGAGGAUGGCGGAAAUCGCCCGGCGGCUGCACGUCCCCGGAAGCAGCAGAAGGCGGCAGGAAGAGGCGUCCUUGUGCGAGAGGCACAGCCAGGCCCUGAGCGUUUUCUGCGAGGAGGACCUGGAGGUGCUGUGUCCGCUCUGCACUCAGGCCCCGGAGCACCGGGGCCACGACGCGAGGCCCAUAGCGGAGGCCGCCUCCCACCACAGGCGGAGGCUGCGCGGCUGCGUCGAGUCCCUGAGGAAGCGACUGGCAGACCUGCAAAAAUUAAUGAGCAUUCAGAGCAAAAAACCCUUAGAACUGAGAGAGAAGGUGGAGAACCAGAGGCAAGAAUUAUCCUCUGAAUUUGAGCGCCUGAACCAGUUUUUAGACCGUGAGCAACAUGCCAUGCUCUCCAGGUUAGAGGAAGAAGAGAAGGACGUUGAACAGAAGCUCCGUGCAAACGUAACAGCAUUUUCAAACUACGUUGCCACACUCAAGAGUCAGCUACGUAGGGUCCGCGAGCUCAGCAUGCUGUCUGAAGUGGAAAUGCUGUCACAGAUUAAAGUUUUCUACAGGUCUGAAAAUGAGGCUAGCCCGUCCAUCUUCUCGAUUCGUUUAAGGAGAGAAGGCUGCAGUUUUCCUCCCCAGUAUUCGGCCCUUCAGAGAAUCAUAAAGAGGUUUAAAGUAGAUGUAACGCUAGACCCCGACACGGCACACCCUAACCUGAUUGUCUCUGAGGACAAAAAAUGUGUGAGAUUUACAAAGAGGAAACAAAAGGUUCGUGCUUUUCCAAGAAGAUUUACAGUCAAACCAGUUGUCCUGGGUUUUCCAUAUUUUCACUCUGGCAGGCAUUUCUGGCAAGUGGAAGUGGGAGACAAGUCCGAAUGGGCUGUCGGCGUUUGCAAGGACUCCCUUCCCACGAAGGCCAGGAGACCGCCAUUGCCCCGGCAGGGGUGCUGGACGGUCCAGCUGCAGGACAGCGGCUACGACGCACCGGGAGCUGCUCCAGCCCCCUCACUGCCAGACGUGGAGGACAGAGUCAUUGGCAUUUUCCUGGACUACGAGCUGGGUGAGAUCUCAUUCUAUGACAUGGCUGAGAAAUCUCACAUCUGUACUUUCAGUGACACCUUCAGUGGACCUCUGCGGCCUUAUUUCCGGGUAGGACCUGAUUCAAAACCUCUCACGAUUUGUGCAGGAGCAGACUGUGAAUGA